UGCAUGGACUGGUCUAAAGCCUGUUUCUGCCUUUGCAGUGCCAUUAGCUCGGCCUCUUUUCCGCCCGAGGUCAUAACAUAUGACCAGUGGAUGCAACUAAAACCAGAAUAUAAAAACAUGCUUUCUGGUUGGAUUAAAGGUGCAUUUCGUAGUGGGGAGAAGGAAAUGCAGGAAUCAAUAAAUGAGAAGCUUAACUUCGUUCUUAAUACAGCUCCGACAUCGGAUAGGUUAGAGCUUAAAGGUAAUAAAUGUCUCCAUGGAGAGUUUCUGGAGUUCAAAGGAAAAAGAGAAGAUGUUCAGGAAAUGAGAAGUAUCAGGAGAUCAAAAGUUAGUGGAUUAGAGAUCCAGAAAACGAGCAUGUUUGGUCUGGCUCAUUCAAAGCUCAAAGUUCUAUAG